AUGUCAGACGUGGAAACCAUCUUGGCUAGUGGGAUGACCACCCCUUCGAGGAGGGGAUGGAAAGGUACGAUCGCAGUUGAUAUGGAUGAUGUCUUAUGUCAGACGAACGCUACGAUAGUACAUAUGCAUAACGAAUUGUUCGAUACUCAACCUCCAUUGACUUUAGAUGAUUUUAAGAAUUACUUGUAUUGGAUGAAUAGAGGAUGGGGCACACCAGAAGAGACAGUCGGUAUGGUCGCAAAAUUGUACCAAGGUGGUUUAUAUAUGCGAGCACCACCGGUUGAAGGAGCUAAAGAGGGUUUAAGACGUUUGAAAGAUUUGGGCUAUAAUCUGAUCAUCAUAACAGCCAGAUCGGAGAAUCAGAGGACGGGGACAGAAGAUUGGAUAGCCGAAUAUUUACCUGAUAUAUUCGAUGAGAUACAUUUUACUGGAGCGUUCCAGCAUCUCGAACCUACUCGAGAAGAAAAAGAGGGACACGUAGCUAGGAAAGCCGUGGUAUCGCAUCAUAAGCGAUCGAAAGCUGAGAUAAUACACAACACCUCAUCAUUAUUCCUUAUUGACGAUUCCUCCGAAAACGCCUACGACGUUUCGACAUCCACCUAUCCGCACGAAGGACCUACCAAGGUAUUACUAUUUGGCGAUUAUCCAUGGAACGCUAUCGUCCAUGAUCCACUUAAAAAAUCGCCGAUAGAAGGGAUGACGUAUCAUGAGAAACAAGAAAAAGGUCUGUUAGAUGGAUACGAGGAUUUGAGGGAACAGAGGAUAAAAGAUGGUUGGUUACCUCCUGGUGUGGAAAGGGUUGGGAAUUGGGGGAAGGUGAUAGAGUGGGUGGAGAGUUUUGAUAACGCCAGACAAGAGUAA